GGUAGGUGGGGGGAAGGAAGAUGAGAACCUCCCACCCAGCCCGUGUUGGGUGGCGUUUCCAUAAUCUAAGCCCUGACAAAUCAGUCCCCAGUUUUCUGUUGUCCCGUGGUGUACCACACCCUCUGGAAGCUCUGCAGCCUCUUUGAUUUCUGCAGCCUGGUGAAGUAUAAACCGCUGAGCUUGAAGUUGGGCACAGCGCUGUGAACUUGGUGCUAACAGAGACUCUGCAUUUGAUAAGUUGCGUUUUGGAAGCAGAAUGUUGAGUUGGCCAUGUGUGGCAAUGUUCUGUGCUCUAGCAGCAGUUCUCAGGGUCAGAUAAGUAAUGCCACCAGGCUGUAUCCAGAUUAGUCUAUUGCUUAGCUCUCCUGAGGGCACAGGUACUUACCCGGGAUCGAAUUAGGAAGGGAGAGCAUCGUUUCCACUUGGGAGAUAAUCAGGAGAAGGUGAUAAUGAAGGUUUAAACUUGACACACACACACACACACACACACACACUUUGUCAUACUUAACCUCUGUGAAACACCCACAGAAUCUCUUUCAAACUUUGCAAAUCAUGCAAUUCAUUCCCAUUACCUUUUUGCUGUAGUCUGUGUUUAAGUUUGUAGUGCAACUUCUUCAUCUGUCGCUAAUGCAGAGCUGUAAUAACUGACUGUGUCUGCCUUGGAACUGCUCAUUGUACCACUUUGCUGUAUCACUGCAAUACCAUUGAAAUCCUGUUGGUUUGUGCCUAUGGGUAUUCCAAACCUUGUAGUCUGCUGAGAGACCUCCAUUACCUGCUGGAAUAAGGAAUGCUUGCUGCUGCUGCUUGGUGGAGUAAUUGAAUUUCCAUUUUCACCAUGUGAUGACAUUAAUGAAGUAACGCAGUUUUAUUAAAAGCUUGUCCUGUGUGAAGACGUCACUGCUUGAAUUGAGCACUUACCUACCAGCUGGAGAACUACAGAGCUGGAAAGCUUCUGCUUUUGAUCUGCUAGUAUGCUUUGUGAUCUUGUAGCAUUGUGAUUACACGACAUGGAUGUUUCUUUGGAUGUGUGGAGUACAGCAAGCCAUGAAGCAAGCUUUCAGGUUUUCAAGGCCUUGAAUGCUGAGAAGUGCAAAGUAGAGUUCUGUCUGUUAACUUGGGUUCAAGGUAGAGAUGGCUCUCUUGAGUAUGGCCGGAUUCACCUCACCACUCAGUCCUUUCUUCUGCAGUGGCCGUGGCAGAUCUUUAGAAUACAUGGGUAAACCAACUGUAUCAUCAUAUCUUCUCAAUGUAGCCUUCCAGGUUCCAGACUGUGGCAAGGAGACUUUGGUAGCCACAAUGGUGGCUUUGUUUUUUACUAGACCUGGAUGGCUUCCUUUUGAAGUCUAUCUUAUUGGUUCUUGAGCCUUGAACUUCAAUACUCACAGUAUCUUGUGGCAUUAUAUCAGACUUCUUAAUGGUAGACUACAUGGGGAAACUUCCUUCUAAUGGGAAGGGUUGUUUGGGCGCAAUGCAAUUGAACCCAGCAUUAUUGUCUCUACAUUGCAAUAGUGUAUCAGAGGGACAUGCCUUGAGGUUGGGGUUGUGGGUGUGAUGAAUAGUUUGCUACAUACUGAAGUGCUUCAUCACUGAGAUGUGGUAGGUAGCAUUUGAACAAGUGCUUUGAUAGUAAAUGAAGAUGAACUCAGUGGUCAACAUUUGCGGAACACAGAGAUAGUAAUAUUAACCUGAAGGCAGUAAUUUUGGAUUCCCCUUCAUCCCUAUGGAAUAGCCCUUUAAUCACUAGAUAUACAAGUAGUUAAUGAGUUCCUUUUCUUUUUUUCCUUUGGGAAAAGGAGUUUCCCAGGAGUGCAGAGGGUUCUUUAAGGUUGAUAGCUGCACCCUUUUGUCUGGAUUGGGGUGUAUUAAGAGUCAGUGUGGGAUGUCUCAUCACACUUGUGUCAGUUUUACUCAUAUUGCUAAUGCUUUGUGGCAGCAGGAGUUGACAGCUAGGGACCGUAGCUAUGUAGUAGAUAGCAGCUAGCUCAUUCUGAAAUCUAAGCAGCUGUCUUUACUGCUAAAAUUAUAUUUGUUAGGUUAAGCCCAACACAUGUUGCAACCAGAUCUCCUUUUUGGUAUUAGCGCCCCUUCUUUCUGGGAAGAAAACCAAGCAAUGAAAACAAAUCUGCUUAUAUGCUUCAAAAGAACUGCCUUGGAUGACAGAAACUUUUGAACAGGGAGACGGCAUGCAGAAAACGCCAGCAAGAAGGUAAACUUGAAGGAUUCUGACCUCUUUCAGGUAAUAUCUCGACUGUACGACAAGCAGCCAGAAUGUCGGGGGCUUCUGUGAAGGUGGCUGUUCGGGUCCGGCCCUUCAACUCUCGAGAAACCAGCAAAGAAUCCAAAUGUAUCAUCCAGAUGCAAGGCAAUUCAACCAGUAUUAUCAACCCAAAGAAUCCCAAGGAAGCGCCAAAGUCCUUCAGCUUUGACUACUCUUAUUGGUCCCACACGUCGCCUGAAGAUCCCUGCUUUGCGUCUCAGAGCCGUGUGUACAAUGAUAUUGGGAAGGAGAUGUUGCUGCAUGCCUUUGAGGGCUACAACGUAUGCAUUUUUGCCUACGGACAAACUGGAGCUGGGAAAUCCUACACAAUGAUGGGCAAACAGGAGGAGAGCCAAGCAGGGAUAAUCCCCCAGCUAUGUGAAGAAUUGUUUGAGAAAAUCAAUGACAACAGCAACGAAGAGAUGUCGUACUCUGUAGAGGUGAGUUACAUGGAGAUUUAUUGUGAGAGAGUCAGAGACUUGUUGAACCCGAAGAACAAAGGGAAUUUGCGGGUGCGAGAACAUCCUCUGCUUGGCCCUUACGUGGAAGAUCUGUCCAAGUUAGCAGUCACAUCUUACACAGACAUUGCAGACCUCAUGGAUGCUGGAAACAAAGCCAGGACUGUGGCAGCUACCAACAUGAAUGAAACUAGCAGCCGUUCUCAUGCUGUGUUUACAAUUGUCUUUACUCAGAAGAAACAUGAUGCAGAAACUGAUCUUUCCACAGAGAAGGUCAGCAAGAUCAGCCUUGUGGAUCUGGCUGGGAGUGAGCGAGCUGAUUCAACUGGUGCCAAAGGAACCCGAUUAAAGGAAGGAGCAAAUAUAAACAAAUCUCUCACGACUCUGGGCAAAGUUAUUUCAGCAUUGGCAGAGGUGGAUAACUGCACCAGCAAGAGUAAAAAAAAGAAGAAGACGGACUUCAUACCAUACAGGGAUUCUGUACUAACAUGGCUUCUUCGAGAGAAUCUAGGUGGUAAUUCCCGAACUGCUAUGGUUGCUGCUUUGAGUCCAGCAGAUAUCAACUAUGAUGAAACUUUGAGCACUUUAAGAUAUGCUGAUCGUGCAAAACAAAUUAAAUGCAAUGCUGUUAUCAAUGAAGAUCCAAAUGCCAAGCUGGUGCGUGAGCUGAAGGAGGAAGUGACAAGGCUUAAGGAUCUCUUGCGUGCCCAAGGGCUGGGAGAUAUUAUUGACAUUGAUCCAAUGGGAGAUGAAUACUCUGGAAGUGGAGGCAAAUAUCUGAAAGAUUUUCAGAACAAUAAACAUAGAUACUUGCUAGCCUCCGAGAAUCAACGUCCUGGCAAUUUUUCCACAGCCUCCAUGGGGUCCCUCACUGCCUCUCCGUCCUCCUGCUCUCUCAGUAGUCAGGUGGGCUUAACAUCUGUGUCCAGUAUACAGGAAAGAAUCAUGUCAACGCCUGGAGGAGAAGAGGCAAUUGAGCGUUUAAAGGAAUCUGAGAAGAUCAUUGCAGAGCUGAAUGAAACGUGGGAAGAGAAGCUGAGGAAAACAGAGGCCAUUAGGAUGGAAAGGGAGGCAUUGUUGGCAGAAAUGGGAGUUGCCAUUCGGGAAGAUGGAGGAACACUGGGAGUCUUUUCUCCUAAAAAGACUCCUCAUCUUGUAAACCUUAAUGAAGAUCCACUCAUGUCUGAAUGUCUGCUCUACUACAUCAAAGAUGGUAUUACUAGGGUUGGCCAAGCUGAUGCUGAGCGAAGGCAAGACAUCGUAUUGAGUGGGGCUCAUAUCAAAGAAGAGCACUGUAUCUUUCGAAGUGAGAGGAACAACAAUGGUGAAGUUAUUGUUACUUUGGAGCCUUGUGAACGAUCAGAAACUUAUGUUAAUGGCAAGCGGGUUGUGCAGCCUGUGCAACUGCGUUCAGGAAAUCGUAUCAUCAUGGGUAAGAACCAUGUCUUCCGAUUCAACCAUCCAGAGCAAGCACGAGCAGAAAGAGAGAAAACUCCAUCAGCUGAGACUCCCUCUGAGCCUGUUGACUGGACGUUUGCUCAGAGAGAGCUUCUGGAGAAGCAGGGCAUUGACAUGAAGCAAGAGAUGGAGAAAAGAUUACAAGAAAUGGAGAUUUUGUAUAAGAAGGAGAAGGAGGAAGCAGAUCUCUUGUUGGAGCAGCAAAGGCUGGACUAUGAGAGUAAGCUGCAGGCCUUGCAGAAGCAGGUGGAGACACGAUCCUUGGCAGCUGAAACAACAGAGGAGGAGGAAGAGGAGGAGGAAGUGACCUGGACACGACACGAGUAUGAGCUCGCACAGUGGGCUUUCAGGAAAUGGAAGUUUCAUCAGUUCACUUCAUUGAGGGAUCAGCUCUGGGGAAAUGCUGUAUAUCUGAAAGAAGCCAAUGCAAUCAGUGUAGAAUUAAAGAAAAAGGUGCAGUUUCAGUUUGUCCUGCUGACUGACACCCUCUACUCACCACUGCCACCAGAGCUUUUGCCCCCUGAGAUGGAGAAGACCCAGGCCAACAGGCCGUUUCCUCGGACAGUGGUAGCUGUGGAAGUCCAGGAUCUGAAGAAUGGUGCAACGCAUUACUGGUCCUUAGAAAAACUCAAGCAGCGGUUGGACCUGAUGCGUGAGAUGUAUGACCGAGCUGGGGAAAUGGCAUCCAAUACGCAGGAUGAGAGUGAAAGCACCAUGACAGGCAGUGACCCCUUUUAUGAUCGCUUUCACUGGUUCAAGCUGGUUGGAAGCUCCCCCAUUUUCCAUGGCUGCGUGAAUGAGCGUCUUGCUGAUCGCACGCCCUCCCCCACUUUCUCCACGGCUGACUCUGACAUCACUGAACUGGCUGAUGAGCAGCAGGAUGAGAUGGAGGACUUUGAUGAUGAGGCCUUUGUGGAUGAUACUGGCUCCGACGCUGGAACAGAGGAGGGAUCAGACCUCUUCAAUGAUGGGCACGACCCGUUUUACGACCGAUCCCCUUGGUUCAUUUUAGUGGGAAGAGCAUUUGUAUACCUGAGCAAUUUGCUGUACCCCGUGCCUCUGAUUCACCGAGUAGCUGUUGUUAGUGAGAAGGGAGAAGUACGAGGAUUCCUGCGAGUAGCAGUGCAAGCUAUAGCAGCUGAUGAAGAAGCCCCUGAUUAUGGAUCUGGUAUUCGACAGUCAGGCACAGCUAAAAUUUCAUUUGAUAAUGAAUAUUUUGAUAAGAGCGAUUUUUCUGCUGUCGCGAUGACCCGGUCUGGGCUGUCCUUGGAAGAAUUAAGAAUUGUGGAAGGGCAGGGACAGAAUUCAGAGGUUAUCACUCCCCCAGAGGAGAUAAACAGAAUGAAUGAGCUCGACCUGAAGUCAUCCACUCUACUGGAUGGAAAAAUGACUAUGGAAGGAUUCACUGAAGAAAUUGGUAAUCACUUGAAGCUGGGUAGUGUGUUUACCUUCCGUGUGACAGUGCUGCAGGCCAGUGGCAUCCUUCCUGAAUACGCAGACAUUUUCUGCCAGUUCAACUUUUUACACCGUCACGAUGAAGCUUUCUCAACAGAACCUCUCAAAAACAAUGGCCGAGGGACUCCGCUUGGUUUUUACCACGUUCAGAAUAUUGCUGUGGAAGUGACAGAGUCAUUUGUGGAGUACAUCAAAACAAAGCCUAUUGUUUUUGAGGUCUUUGGACAUUACCAGCAGCAUCCUCUACAUCUACAAGGACAGGAUCUCAAUAGCCCUCCACAGCCUUCUCGAAGAUUCUUUCCUCCCCCUAUGCCACUCUCAAAGCCAGACCACGAAAGGAAAAUUGAAUUAAUUAGGUAUCUUAUGUCUGGCUAUGUAAACGUGCAUGUGCUGAACACACUGUCCGAGCAUGCCAACGUGCUUGCAUCCUCUGCUGUGGCUGCUUUCCAGGAUGGGGCGGACCAGCUGCCACCCUUUCUGUUUCUGCCUGUUCCCAGCUGUCAGAGUGAGCGGGCUCCUAAACGAGAUGUGCCAGCUACAAAGCUAAAUACUAUGAGCAAACCCAGCCUGGGCCAGAGUGUGAGCAAAUACGACCUCCUUGUCUGGUUUGAGAUCAGUGAAUUGGAGCCAACUGGCGAGUAUAUUCCUGCUAUUGUGGACCACACUGGAUGCCUGCCUUGUCAGGGGACAUUCCUGCUUCACCAGGGAAUCCAACGUAGAAUCACAGUCACCAUUAUCCAUGAGAAAGGCAAUGAGCUGCACUGGAAAGAUGUACGAGAGCUGGUUGUUGGACGUAUAAGAAACAAAGCAGAAGUAGAUGAAGCUGCUGUGGAUGCUAUUUUGUCUUUGAAUAUUAUUUCUGCAAAAUACCUGAAGUCAUCUCACAGCUCCAAUAGGCUCUUUCUUGAUAAGGAUAUGCCUAGGACUUUCUAUCGGUUCGAAGCAGUUUGGGAUAGCUCUUUGCAUAACUCCCUUCUCCUCAACCGAGUCACCCCAUAUGGAGAGAAGAUAUAUAUGACCCUUUCUGCUUACCUGGAGCUUGACCACUGCAUUCAGCCUGCUGUUAUAACAAAGGAUGUUUGUAUGGUCUUUUAUUCACGUGAUGCCAAGAUCUCUCCACCACGAUCACUGCGCAAUCUCUUUGGCAGUGGCUACUCCAAAUCUCCAGAUUCCAAUCGAGUAACUGGGAUCUAUGAACUGAGUUUAUGCAAAAUGGCAGACACAGGGAGUCCCGGAAUGCAGAGGAGGAGGAGGAAAGUCCUGGAUACAUCUGUGGCAUACGUGCGUGGAGAAGAGAACCUGGCAGGGUGGAGGCCCCGAGGAGACAGCCUCAUUCUGGAGCAUCAGUGGGAAUUGGAGAAACUAGAGCUGCUGCAUGAGGUGGAAAAAACCCGGCAUUUCCUUUUGCUUCGUGAAAAGCUUGGUGACAGCAUCCCCAAGUCUCUGAGUGACUCGCUGUCUCCCAGUCUGAGCAGUGGAACCCUCAGCACCUCCACCAGCAUUUCCUCCCAGAUUUCCACCACAACCUUUGAGAGUGCUGUGACGCCCAGUGAGAGCAGUGGCUACGACUCAACAGAUAUAGAGAGCCUGGUGGAUCGUGAGAAAGAGCUGGCCACCAAGUGUCUGCAGCUUCUGACUCACACUUUCAAUCGGGAGUUUAACCAAGUGUACAACAGCAUCAGUGACUGUAAGUUGUCUGAUAUUUCUCCCAUUGGACGGGACCCAUCAGUGUCAAGUUUCAGCAGUGCUACCCUCACACCUUCAUCUACCUGUCCUUCUCUGGUGGAUUCAAGAUGCAAUUCAAUUGACCAGAAGACACCAGAAGCAAAUUCUCGUGCCUCCAGUCCCUGUCCUGAGAUGGAACAGUUCCAGAUAAUCCCUGCAGUAGAAAAUUCCUAUCUUGCCAGAGCUGGAAAGAAUGAAUUCCUGAAUCUUGUUCCUGACAUUGAGGAAAUCAGACCAGGCUCUGUGGUGUCAAAGAAAGGAUACCUCCACUUCAAAGAGCCACUCUCCAGCUCCUGGGCCAAGCACUUUGUGGUGGUCCGCCGUCCCUAUGUUUUUAUUUACAACAGUGACAAAGAUCCUGUGGAAAGAGGGCUCAUAAACUUAUCCACGGCUCAGGUGGAAUACAGUGAGGAUCAGCAGGCAAUGGUAAAGACACCCAACACCUUUGGUGUAUGCACAAAGCAUCGUGGGGUCCUGCUCCAGGCCAUCAAUGACAAAGACAUGAAUGACUGGUUAUACGCCUUCAACCCACUUCUUGCUGGCACGAUACGGUCCAAACUGGCUCGAAGACGGACAGGCCAGCUGAAGUACUGAGUCCAUGUAAUGUUCUCAUCUGUUCUCCCUAACUCCUAUUCUGAUAGAUAAAGUGUUACCUCUCAUUUUCUCUUUGUGAUUCUUGACAGUUUCUCUUGUAUGUAAUCCUGUGGCUUAACAACCCCUACCUUCCCACCUCCUCCAUUGCAUUUUCUAGAUAUUCUAACACUAUUUCUUUUCACUUGUGCAGAGAAUCCUACUAGUAGCAUGUGGCCAAACAAAAAGGAGGAAAAAAAGCCUGAUUAUGCACGACUCUAAAAAGAAAAAAAAAAAUUCCUAUAACAAUUGUUUUUUCAUUCCAGCUGACCUUCUGGUGUCUGUCCCACUGUACAUUGUUGUCUGUCUAGAAUGCUACAGGUCUUACAUUCGAUUCAUGACUUGGCAGUAGUCAUUGGUUCCCUCAGGGCAAAGUGCUAAUGCCAGGGAAAGAUUAUUCCUUCUAUUGUAGACAUUACCCAGUCAGGAACUGCAAUAGCUCCUCGGGCUUUCCAGCCUCUGGUUUAAACUCUUUUGAAAGCUGACAUUGGAUAAAACUAUCUGGGCAGACUGGACUUUGGACUUGGUGCAAGUUUUUGAGCUCUCUGGGUCUAACGGGCUGGAAAGAAGUAGGGAAGGAAUCUGGAGGGGCUGGCUGCAGUGAUCUGCCUUCCCAUGUUUGCUGUGGGUGUGCAGGUGAGCAGUGCUUGCCUCGAACUCUUCCACUAAAAUGUAAUGCUGCUCUGCCUCUGAGUUGAGCAGACAGAACUUCUGCUAAUGUGAGGAAAAACAAACCAUGUUAUAUUAGGUAGAACCCCUGAAGUUUUAGAUGCUCACCCUCACAUUUGAUGCAGGUGGAAGGAGCCAGCGUGGUGGUUCCCUGGAGCCUUUUCAGGAGAUCACCACAGGAGGGCAACAUCUCCCCUUUCUGCUUUUAGUUCAGCCUUUCUAGUUCCUGUAGCGACAGUUCUCACCUCUUGGAAGACAUUUACACUUGUAAUCGGUUUGUUAGGGAAGACAGGUCUUUGGCGUCAUUCUGAAAUGCCUGCUUUAUGCAUGCAUCCCGUACCUGCAAUACUCAGCUGCCAUCCCGUCUGUCAAUGGGAAAAAGUAUCCACUGUCUACAGCCUGCUUUCUGGACCUUGCACUUGCAGUAUUCUUCAGGGAACAGCAGGACACUUUCACUUCCUUUUGGAAUAAUUGUUGAAUGUCUCUUAAUCUACCUGCUGCAAUUUUCAUCAGCUAACCUCCCUAGCUAUCAUUAAUUUCAGAAAUAAUCCUUCCUUGAGGGCAGAUCAGAUGGACUUUGAUCCUGGUCAGUGUGGUGUGACAGUUAGCUUCUUGGAGAUCAGCUGGGUGGUGUUGGUUCUUGACCUGCGAUGGAAGUUCUCUCUGAGGCAAAGCUUUGCUCCUUGCCUCAGGAAAGGAAGGCAGAAUGAGUUUCCUUUCUAAGAAGUGAACUCAUCUUUCUUACUUAGGUUUUCAGGGAGGUUGGAGGCUUUUGUUUGUUUCAUUUUGUGUGUUUCAGACUGCUAUGCUGUAGUUUUGUGACGUGGGUGCUGGUAGGGCUAGCUGUGAUCCUGGGCAGAUGUACCAGGAUUUCACCUUGGGUAGAGAUGAAAGGGUUUCAUGCCACCAUUACAGUAGGCAAUCUAGGGGGAAAAAAAAAUGUGACUCCAGCUCAGGAAGGUCAUUUUAGUUCAGAUCACUCACCACCAGGUCACCCCAUGCCUUGGGACUUCUGUGGCCAAAAGUAUAUGUGGGACUGCCAUCAGCUGAGCAAUUUUCUUUUAGCUUUAUGGGUUUUUCAUUCAAUAAAAUGCAAUGCAUACUGGGACCUCCUAAAAGCAUAGCUGGAAAGGGGAGAUGCAGUCUGAUACUAGCUAGGGCAUAUCCUUAUUUAUCAGUAUAGUAUUCAAGUUAAAUAAUGUGCUCAUCCCAUCUCCUACGGUCCUCAGAUUUAUUUCAGAACUGGAACCCUGUGUGUGUGUGUGUGUGUGUGUCCUGGGGACCCAGGAACGUAGCAGAGAGGUGGUUGUUUUUUGGUUUUGUCUUGUUGAGAGUGUGUGACUCUCAGUACAGUGGUGGUAGUUCUCUGUUCUGCAAUGGACGAUAUGCACUUGCAGUGUGUGGAUAGUAGGACUGCUAGUGCUGGCAGUGGGCUCCCCAGGCUGGAGCUAAGCUCAUCUCAACAUGCAUUGAGAAUGAAGUCGAUUGAUUUUAAGCACUAAGUUGUUACUGCCACCAUCGCCACUGUUUGCCAUGGAAGUGGAACCAGUCUGAGGAGGCCUAGCAGUUUAAGUGGUUAAGUUCAUGUGACGCACUGAGAGAUAGAAAUUUUUGUUUUUAUCUUUUUUUUUAAUCUAGAAGAAAACUAGUUUUCUAAGUCUUUGCUUUGGAUAAACCAGAAAAUGAACUGUGGGUAAAUGAACAUUGCAUAGAAACACGAUUAAAGGAUUGUCCUUUGAAAACAGGAAGAGGCAGAUGCUUAUUUUAUACAGAGCUGGAGAUGUUGCAGUUGUAUUACGUAAGUGUCUUAUAACCGAAGAUCCCAAGCAGCUUCUUAUGACUUGGUGUCUGUGUGGAUAGCAGGUCAUCAGAACAGAAUGCUAUUUUUAAUCAUCAGUAUCUCUUAGAGCUGCAUAAUCUUGACAAAAUCAAUUCUCACAUAGACUUCAAGUGGGCAUUACUGUGACUGGGUCUGGCCUAAAUACAGAUUUUCACCAAUUACUGACAUUGGUUUCCCUACUUAAAACUGGAUGACUGAAAUGAACUAAAAUUUUCUUUGGAACGAAAGCAAAGCCAAAAAAAAAAAAAAAGAAGUGAAUUUCUAUUCACUUCGAAGCUGUUUUGAUCUAACCCAACAAUUAAAAAAGUUCUGUUCAGAAACAGAACAAGAACAGAAAAACGUGCCAAGCUGCCUUCUGCUGACAUUUAAAAACCCACUCUUGGUUACCUGCUGCAUGCUUGUGGGGUCCUGGAGUCAGACAGCUCUCAGGACCCAACCACUGGGCGCCGGGCGUCCUGCUGGGGGUCUGCCAGCCCACUGAGCAGAAACACUGCUGGUAAACCUGACAGGCAUUUCUUGAAUAGAACUGGGAGUGAAACCGUGCCGCAGUUUGGGUUUUUUUUAUGUUCCUGAGUAAAUGGGAGGAGAAAUGGCCCAAUGAAAACCCUGUCAUUUGUAAUACAGCUUCCUGGGUAUUUUUAAACUCAACCUUCCAUACUGUAUUUUGGAAAUGCACUUUAAGUACCCGUUGAAGAAGAUUCCUAUAUUCUGGGAUGCAGAAGGGAAGGUAAUAUUAUUUCCAAACCACUGAGAACUGUGUUUUUCUUUUUUUCUUUUGCUAGUAUGUAAUAGUUCUUAUUACUGAUCAGCAAGAUAUUUCAAAGCAAAGACUUUACCUUUUGCUGCUUGUUAUCUAAUUUACAGGGAUUUAAUUUUAUGUAAUGUAUUGUAUAUUUAUACAUCUGUAAUUAAUUGCACAUUAGAUAAGAAAGAGGAUUAGCUUUAGAAUAACACCUGUUGGUACUCUCCAAUAACUAAUACUGCCUAUGCAUUUGCAUCGUUCUGGUACUCUUACACAGCCUUAGUUUGUGUUAGUUGAUACUGUGGUGGUGUUUUUGUUGAACAUGCAGUUGUUCACCUGCUGCUCGAAGGAAGGAUACUAAUGCUGCUCUGGAAUGGUUUGCUGAAUGUACUUGAAAAUGGAUCUCUAACGUGUGCGUUGCAUCUCUCCAUUGUGGUUAACAACACCAAUACGUGAUCUGAACUGUACUGUAUGUAGCAGGAAUGUAUUAAUUUUGUACUUUGUUUAAAAACAUCAGGUGUUCAAGAACAGGAUGGAGAUUCUUUUUUGUUCAGAAGGCCAUUUAUGCGUUCUAAGUGUUUGAAAUCAAAACUAGUCCAACUCAAACCAGAUGGUUGUGUCCAAUGUCAAUUGGAACAGUUUUAAAUUAACAGGAGCAGACAUACGUGUUCACAGAAUGGAGGGUGUGGGGGUCCUCACUCUCCAGUUCGUACUGUUGCCAAGUAAUGGUCUGAUCCUGAGCAGUGCUGAGCUACCUCUUGCUCACGUGGAAACCUAGAGUGAAGCAGAGGGAGUCUUGGAUGAUCAGCACUUCCCAGGAUCAGCUCUUAAUUUCCCACUCUGCUUGUUCAUACUUCAUGUGCGGUUGAUUAAUGUUCUUGACUUUGGACAUGAGACAUGCUGUUGCACUGAAAGACAUUUUUUCUUUUAAUUGCGGUUCUCGUUUCUGUUCAACCUCUCCGUACACAAGGUAUACAAGGUAUACGCUGUAUAAGUGGCCUUCUUGAACAAAUCUCUUUGCAAACUGAUUUCAUCCCAGCGAAGGAGUGCAUCAGCAACACUGUACAUUAAUUUCAGAUUUUCAUUUUCAUGUUUUAUUUUGUAAAUAUCUGAUGUUUGGAGCUUGAGUAUACAAAAUGUAAAUAUAGUUCAUGUAUUUGUACUAAUUCUGAUCCAUUUGCUGUAUAGCCUUAGGUGUGCAAUGCAGAUAUUAUCUAACUGUGUAUGGUAACCUUGCACCACUGAAUUGUUAGUGAACGAGGUGAAACAAUAAAGGUACAACCAGUGCAUUAGCAGGUA